AUGGAAAAUAUAACUAAUUGUAUGCAUAUUGUGUUGAAAUAUAUAUGUGGGGAAAAUACAGAAUGGAUAUUACAUAAAAGUCUAUAUAAUUGUUAUUACAAUUAUUUAAAGAGUGACAGUGAAAAUCUUAAACCUAAUAUACGUCGAAGAAGUGAAUUCAUCAUUGGUGAAAAAUUCCGUGUCCGAGUGGUUCUGAGUGAAGAUUUAAAAAACCAUUUACAGUAUGAUUUAUUCAAGGGUUUCGAUUAUUGGUUGUUUCCUUACCUACGUCAUGAUGAUGGUAGUCCUAGAACAAUGCGUAACCAACAUACUGGUGAACCGGAAUUGCCAACAAAUGCCAACGAAGGAUUAAAAGCUGAUCGUCAACGGACGUCAUCACCUUGGUGUGAUGAACUAGAUUAUGCAAAUUUUGUUCACUGCAUUCCCCAUAUGAAUGCAUACGGAAUAUGCAAUUUAAAGAAUCUCAGUUUACCUCUAAAACCAGAGCAUAUACACUUCGAUAGCCUGCCCAAUAUAGUGCCUUCGGAACUAAGUAGGUUUGGAGGAUCCGACACUUAUGCUGAUCACUGUCCAUAUAUGUCCGUGAAGUGUAGUCUUGAAUUCAAACAUCUAGUUUACUUCCGUGGUGAUUGGCGUGAAUGUCCAAGAGACGGUGGUAUUAUGGAAAUAGCUGAAGAUAUAACUAGACAUGAUUGGAUCCAAUGUCCACGUUUUCAUGAUGUAUGCUCUGUGAGUUAA